AUGGAACAGAUAUUGGAAAAUAGGAAUAUUAAUGAUUUAAAAAAUGUCAAAAAACUUUCAUCAUCCCAAUUGCAAACUAUUGAGAAGGAGAUCGACAGAGUUUCUUAUGAUAAUCUAAUCUUGUUGAAAAACCUUUCCUUAUUGACAUUGGAAAAUGAUUCAAGGAAGGAAACGUCUUUAUAUUUGAUUCAAAAAUUAUUGGAUAAAUCGGAUGAAAGGGCAAGAACCAUACUCUUGGAAGAUUUCAUAUCUUUUGUAAAGAAUAAUUUAUUGUUUAUUAAACAAAGACAUCAUACUACUAGAGAGGAAAAUAUCGGGUUGAAUCCAAAAUUGGGUAUCUCUUUGGAGGAUGAUCAAUUAAGGGAUACAUGGAGGGCCAAUGGUGGAAUUUAUGUGAUACCAAUGUUUUUCACUGCAAUACAUUUCAUGGAAAGACAAAAUAUCUCUUCAAAUAUAAAUUGGAUUGUCCCGGGGAUUUUAAAUAUUUUAGAUGAUACUUCAGAUAUAUUAAACAUAAAGUUGAAAGGUGUGUCAUUAUUAAACGAAUUGCUAUGCAUAACUUCUACGAACGUAAAAGAUUCAUUCUUAUCAUUUGACCAGUUAGGUUUAUUUGAAUUAUUUGAACCUAUUUUAUCUAACAUGUUUUAUUAUUUACCGCCAUCUUAUGAUUCAAAAAUUGUCUUGAAGAUAUGGAACCAAUUAUUCCCUACAAUUAUAUUAUUAUACAAAACCAAACCAGAUCACGACUGCCACCAAGUCUUGUGUAAAUUCAUAUCAGAAAUCAUCUUACAAAACAUUUUACCAAGAAUUUCAUUAGACCAUGAAGAAUUAACAAUGUUUGUCUUGGAUCAAUUAAUAAAUUUAAUUAAAUUUAUUCAAAAUGACACUCUGGUAAUAUUACAAAGAUUAAUCUUUGUCAUUGGUGAGUAUCUAGUUAAAAACCCAUUCAUUACUACUUUUAAUGCUGUGUUAAUCAAGACUUUAAAACUAAUUUCCACAAUGUUAGAUUAUACACCAAUUGAAAGAAUAAAAGCACAUCGAUAUGAUUUCUUGGGUUUAAUAGUGAUUGUUUUUGAAAAGGCCACAUUAGAAAUUGAUAACGAGGAACAUACUGACUCAAAUUCAAAUGAAAUUGUACGGAUGUUACAACAGCUGCUAGUGAAAUUGCAAGAUUCGGGUUGUGAUUUCACUCAAGAUAAAGUGAAAUUGAUUCAAAGCAGAAGCCAUUUCGCUCAGUUGUUCAAUUCAACUAUAUGA